AUGGGUGUUCGUGCGUGCGACACUGCCUCGAGCAACAUAAAAAGUAUUGUCGGACAUGUCAACCUGCAACGCAGCCCACUGCAGCGCCCGCCCAACAAGCUUGAAUUUAGGCAGAUGGGUAUCUGCAAUAACAGAAGUGUUUUCGAGUUCAACGACCCGUGCAUUCGUGCAUCGUGGUCUGCCUUGCUCCCUUUCGGACUUGUCGGCCUGUUGUGUCUAUCCAAACUUCCCAAACCACGACCAGUACAACGAUUUUGUCGUUUUUUACAAUCACCUUUGCACAACUUCCUCACUCUUCGUGAAGCUGAAGCUCUUGACAACAAAUCUGCAAUAGGACGCGCCUUUGAGAAUGACAAUAUCGAAGACCUACCAAAAUCCCACGUUCGUCGACACCAUGUCGCGUUCGCCUUCAUCGGUGCCGCAGAAGGCCUCUGCUGGAUAGUCAGUGGGUCUUUCCAACUUCACGAUUCGCACAACAACGUAGACGGCAUCCUUUGCUACGCUCUCGCGUUUUCAUGGAUCUACACCGCCAUUCGCCCUUUGGUACCAUCAACAUCCAAGUCAGCCCCCUACGAUGUCGUCGUCAUCUAUCUGCUUUUCUUCUUUGGUGCUAUUGUAGAUAUCGGAGGGAUUAUCUACGAUUACGCCGUCCUGCUUUCCCCUCUACCUUCGCAACUUUCCUUACUGUUACGAAGUGUCAACCUUCUUGCGAUCGUGUCUUCGUUGAUCAUCAUAUUCAACAUACCAUCGGAAUUACCCAGCGCGAAGGUCGAUCCACAAGAAAUUGGUCACACUCUAACCACGGAGGAUUAUGCUACCUUGUGGCAGUGGGUGUCUUUCUCUUGGAUUUACCCUCUUAUCCGAUCAGGUCGAUAUGCUACCCUCCAUGAAAAGGACGUUUGGAAUAUCAGUCCAACCAUGCAAUCACGCCCCCUGUUCGCAAAAUUCAGUGCUUUGCGGCAAACGAGUUUAUUUCGUCGCAUAUGGGCCGCGAAUUCGCUGGAUAUCAUAAUUGACUUUACUCUUACCAUUGUGAGCGUUGUACUACAAUACACCGGCCCAUAUUUUUUGAAGAAAAUCCUCGAUACAAUUGACGUUGAAGUAAUUACCCCUGAAAAAAAGCUGGAGGCUUACAUAUACGGCUUUUUGGCGUUCUUUUGCACUAUACUGAAGACACAAUCCGACCUUCAACAUCUCUGGUUCGCUCGUCGAGCAUCAACCAGGAUACGUUCGGAACUCAUGACAUCCAUAUAUGCGAAAGCAUUGAAAAGAAAGGAUUUCUCCGCUAUCGUCGACCAAUCAAAGGCGACUGAUUCCACGUCGCAAGCUCCUCCGACCUCCGGGCGUAAAGGAAAAGCGGGUAGCAAAGGAAAGUCCGACACUUCUGAUGAUCCCAAGCCAGGUGCCAGUACGGGUAAAAUUGUUAAUCUUAUGUCCAGUGACUCUAACCGAAUAUCAAGAAUGGUCACAAUCAUAUUCAACCUUUACGGAGCUCCUUUCGAGAUCAUCAUUGCAUGCACAUUUCUCUACCAACUUCUCGGCAUUAGUGCAUUCGCCGGUUUCUUGGUCCUGGUAGUAGGCUGGCCCCUGAACAAUUUCCUCGCCCGUCGAAAUGUCCGAAUCAAUAAAGGUAUCAUGAGUGCCCAAGAUAAACGUAUGGGUGUGCUAAACGAGUUGAUCAGGGCUAUCAAAUUCAUUAAACUUUUUGCAUGGGAAGAACGAUGGAUUGCGAGAGCAAUGGAGGCAAGAGAAUUGGAACUGAAGUGGAUCAGAAAAGCUCGGAUCAACCAGAUACUGUUCCAUUUACUUACCAACAGCGCCCCGAUAUUGGUGUCUAUCAUAUCGUUUUUUGCCUAUGUGAUGAGCGGUAACGAGUUGACUAUAAGCACAGCGUUCACGGCGAUUGCUUUGUUCAGCAUGGUCAGAGCCCCUCUCAAAGUGCUUCCCACUUACUUGGUCCAGAUUCUUCAGGCCCAGGUUGCACUGGAACGUAUUUCUGUCUACCUCGAUGAAGAAGAAGUCACCGAACAGGUCUCAACGCUGAAGAGAAAUUCUCAACCAUUUGAUGCAAUCGUCGAUGAAGGCUUGGGACUCAGCAACGCUACCCUGCGGUGGAACGAAGUGACUGUCGUUGAAAAGAAGGAUAAAGCUAGGACUUCGUCAAUAAGCCACCCUCCUGCUACUUCAAGUGUUCCAGAGAUCGCGGUUGUGGCAAACGAGGGAAGUUCAUCUGACAGCACUACGUUGGAAAGUAACGAAGUACAUAAGUUUGAGCUGAGCGACAUAUCUGUCAAGUUCCCGGAAGGCAAAUUGACCGUCGUGACUGGACCAACUGCCUCGGGGAAAACUGCUCUUCUUGCAAGUAUGGCGAUAUUAGGCGAAAUGACCUUGGUUUCGGGAAGAAUCCUGUUGUCUAAAGAUCCAAAUCGUGUCGACGAGAAUGGCCUCAUGUAUUGCAUCUCAUACGCUGCUCAACUACCGUGGUUGCUCCAUAGAUCUAUCAAAGAGAACAUCAUCUUCGGGUAUCCAUUCGAUGAGGAGAGAUAUAAUACGGUUGUCGAGUGCUGUGCUCUCCUUCCCGACCUCCAAAUGCUAGAAGAUGGGGAUGCCACCGAAAUUGGUGCCCGUGGCGUCAACCUAUCGGGAGGGCAAAAAGCAAGAGUCGCUCUCGCGCGAGCAGUCUAUGCCCGGACAAAAUUCGUACUUCUAGAUGACCCCCUGAGCGCAGUAGAUAGUCACACGGCCAGAUUUCUCUUCGAUCGACUACUCUGUGGUCCUCUGUUGGCAAACAGGACAGUCGUUCUCGUAACACAUCAUGUAAACCUGGUACUUCCAGCCGCUCAUUAUCUUGUACGUAUGCUGGACGGUCGUAUUGACACUCAAGGUGGCGUUCACGAGUUGAGGGAGCAAGGUGUACUCAGCGAUAUUGUUGUUGAAUCUUCAAUCCGAGUGCAUGAGGAGGUCAAAGUUGAGGUCGAGCAACCUGAAGCUAAGACCGCUCUCGAAGACCAACUGGAGCCCAAGAUAGAGGUCAAGAAACCUCGAAAAUUGGUAUCGGAUGAAUUUAGGGAGACAGGUGGUGUAAAGUGGUCCAUCUACAACACCUACCUGAAGGCGUCUUCGUAUCGAAUCUGGUUUAUCUUGGCUGUCAUAGUAUUUGUUAACCAAUUUUUGGGCAUCGCUGAGAAAUUAUGGAUCAGGACAUGGGGAGAAGCAUAUAGAAAUGAGACCAGUAGUACACCGUAUGGUGUACAAUAUCCGACUAUUUUAACUAUCAAUUUGAAUGCGGCCAACGACCAGACCAACUUCGGAAUCCAGCAAUUUGGACAGGCGGUAGGUCUUGACUCAAGAACCCCCGGUCCUUUUGGUAUCGUUUGGCCUAGUGCCAUGGAACAUCCACUUUUGUACAUUGGAAUAUACGCUGCCAUCGGGAUGAUAACUACUUUGGUCAGUGUACUGUCCGUCACAGCACAAUACACAGGCGCGCUGCGCGCCUCUCGCAUUUUGUUCAAGAGGCUCCUCGUGGCCAUUGUUCACGCAACUUUCAGAUUUCACGAUAUCACACCCCAGGGUCGCAUUCUGAAUCGUUUUGGAAAGGAUAUGGACACCAUCGAUUCUUCCCUCGCUGGGACCCUCCAGGCCGUCAAUUCAGCAUUGGCGGGAUUUCUUGUAGCCAUUCUUACUGUUGCGUACGUCCACAACUAA